CUUCUACUUCCUCAUCCUUCCUCUCCUCUCUCUCACUGCACCCUUUCUCAGAUACAAGUCCCAAUUUUUGAGAAUGGCCGCCAAUGCAGUGAUGAGCUGCGGUGUCGCCGCCGCGGUUUGCCCGUCGGUCCUUUCCUCGUCUAAGUCAAAGUUCGCGGCGGCGCUGCCACUGCCUAGCGUCAAUGCCACGUCAAGGUUCACCAUGUCAGCCGAUUGGAUGCCCGGUGAGCCCCGGCCACCCUACCUCGAUGGCUCUGCACCCGGUGACUUUGGAUUCGACCCACUUGGGCUCGGAGCAGUCCCGGAAAACCUAGAGAGAUAUAAGGAAUCUGAAGUGUACCACUGCAGAUGGGCGAUGCUUGCUGUUCCAGGAAUCCUAGUACCAGAGGCACUGGGACUGGGCAACUGGGUAAAGGCACAAGAGUGGGCAGCAAUCCCCGGAGGACAAGCUACCUACUUGGGCAACCCAGUGCCAUGGGGCACCCUCCCCACCAUUCUGGUCAUCGAAUUCCUAGCCAUUUCUUUCGUAGAACACCAGAGAAGCAUGGAGAAGGACACUGAGAAGAAGAAGUACCCCGGUGGAGCCUUCGACCCAUUGGGCUACUCCAAGGACCCUGUCAAGUUUGAGGAAUACAAGGUCAAAGAGAUCAAGAAUGGCCGGCUCGCGAUGUUGGCUUUCGUGGGGUUCUGCGUUCAGCAAUCAGCUUAUCCUGGGACAGGACCAUUGGAGAACUUGGCUUCUCACUUGGCUGAUCCAUGGCACAACAACAUCGGUAACGUUAUCAUCCCUAAGGGGAUUUUGCCAUGAACACUGGAUUUUGAUCCAUACCCACUGUAAAACUCCAUGUUACAAUCUGUAAUGAAAGCGACAUUGCAUAUGUUUGAUGUGUAAAAGAGUAGUACUAAAACUCCUUGUAGCAAUCUGUGAUGAAGCCACAUUGCAUAUGUUUGAUCAGUAAAAGUAGUAUAUUGGUUCA